UCAGCUACGAUCCUUGCCUGCACAGUGGAUUUAAAAUCAACUGCAAAUUGCUGAAGAAUUGCACUUCAAGUGGUCUCAAGAGACAGGAGAAGCAGGUCUUCACUAUAAUGGAAGAGGCCAAGAGCUCGAAGAAUGGAAAUCAUGACCCAAGGAAGUCUGUCCGUCUUGUCUCUGAGGAAGGCAAAGCAGUCAAAGUUACAAAUAAUCAAAAUUAUAAACAUAAUAGAAAUGACAAAUCUGUGAAGGAUGUGGGAAGAAGUUCUCCAAGUGGGAAUAGCAGCAAAAAAAGUAAACAAAAUGAUGUUUGUUCUGAAAAACAAGGAGAAAAUAAAUCAUGCAGAGUAAAUAGUUGUAUUGCUGGAACUAGAGAUCUGGGGUCAAAUGUUCAGGAUCGAAGUCAUGGAAAGGCAAAAAAAUUUUCUAAUUUAUCACCAGCAGUGGAAAACCUGAAACAGACAAAAGCUCAACCAGUGGGAGAAAACUUUCCAGGCUCCCAUGUUUCAGGGAAUGGGGUCACUAUGGAAAGUUUAACAGCUACACAGAAAGGGAAAUUGGUGUUGGAAAACCCACUGGGAGUUCAUACUUUGAAGACUGGUGUUGAUCAGACUGGUGAUCCUGGUAAGACUGCUUCAGAUCAAAGAAAAAUGGAACAUAAGCCUGAUGACUCCAGUAAAAUAAAGAAUUCUGAAUCAACUAAAGAACAUACUUUGGAAGCUGAUUAUUUGGAAAACACCGCUGUUAUUGAUGAAUCUAAUCUGACAGCUGAACAGCAACUAGGAUUGAAACAAGCUGAAGAACGUCUGGAAAGAGAUUAUAUCUCCCGACUUGAAAAACGCUCCCCAGAAUACACCAACUGUCAGUAUCUAUGCAAGCUCUGCUUAGUUCACAUUGAAAAUAUCCAGGGAGCUCACAAGCAUAUUAAAGAAAAACGUCAUAAGAAAAAUAUAAUGGAAAAACAAGAAGAAAAUGAGCUGCGUGCCCUCCCACCCCCCUCUUCUGCACAGUUGGCUGCUCUGAGUUUUACACUCAUUGAGGCAGCAAAUGAACAAGGCAUAUCAGAUGAUGACUUCAGAAUUCGUCAAGAAAUUGUAAACGAGAUGGAGAAAAUUAUUCAACAGCCUUUACCAGACUGUUCACUGAGGAUGUAUGGCUCCUGUUUAACUAGAUUUGCUUUUAAGACCAGCGAUAUUAACAUUGAUAUCAAAUUCCCUCCUAAGAUGAGUCAACCAGAUGUUCUGAUACAAGUGCUUGAAAUCCUGAAGAACAGUGCUGUCUACUCAGAUGUGGAGUCAGAUUUCCAUGCCAAAGUUCCUGUUGUCUUUUGCAAAGAUGUUAAAAGUGGUUUGACAUGUAAAGUAAGUGCUAGAAAUGAUGUGGCUUGCCUUACAACUGACCUGCUGGCUGCACUUGGUAAACUGGAGCCUGUCCUUAUUCCCUUGGUUUUGGCUUUUCGCUACUGGGCUAGACUCUGUCACAUUGACUGUCAGGCUGAAGGUGGGAUUCCCUCAUAUUCCUUUGCCUUAAUGGUGAUAUUUUUUCUCCAACAAAGAAAACCACGCAUUUUACCAUCUUAUUUGGGCAAUUGGAUUGAAGGCUUUGAUUCAAAGAGGCCAGAUGACCACCAGCUGAAAGGUAUAGAAGAAGAGGAGUUUGUACGGUGGGAGUACAAACCACCAACAAAUGGUGCAGCAAAAAACACAGUUGGAGCAGAAAGUAAAACUAAAGCUGAACAACAAAAAGGUGGUGGUAAAAAGGUAACAAGCUCAGAAGUGGACAACCAAAGUAAUGCAAAGGAGAAACACGGCAAUUCUCUCCUAGCAUUCAGAACCCCUCACCAAGUUUCACUGGGGCAACUGUGGUUAGAACUGUUGAAGUUUUACACACUGGAAUUUGCUUUGGAGGAAUAUGUCAUCAGCAUACGGGUACAAGAACUCUUAACCAGAGAGAAUAAAAACUGGCCUAAAAGGCGAAUAGCCAUUGAAGAUCCUUUUGCACUAAAGAGGAAUGUUGCACGAAGUCUAAAUAGCCAGAUGGUAUUUGAGUACAUCCUGGAGCGAUUUAGGACAGCGUAUAAAUAUUUUGCAUGUCCACAAAGUAAAGAUGGGAUUAAAUCCAAGCCAGAUACCAAGAAAAAAGAAAAAGGGAAAAUGAAUAAUAAAAAAUCCACAAGAUCUGAAGAGCCUGUAGCCAACUGUUGCCUUCCACAAGGGGAAAAAGUUGUAGAUCAAAAAAUUACGGGAAGUGGAUGUAACAUACCAGAGAAUGAACUUGAAUGUGAUGAAGUGGUAGAAGCUGUAGCCAAAAGAUGUACUUCCAAGAACAUAGACUCUUUGCUACUUUCAACAUUGGACUCGAGUUAUGAUGAAGACAAAGAAGAAGCUUUAUCCUUUAUUUCUAAUGAAUGCUGUGAAUUAAAGCAAAAAUCACUUAAAGAGAGGGAUGAUUUAGAAAUUUCAGUUUGUAUAACUGAAGGUGAGCCAAGCCACCAUUGUAACUGCAGUGAACAUCAGCCCUAUGACACAAAUUCUAGUAAUGAAUUUUCUGAUGCUGGAAGUAGACAGAGUUUGGUAAUAGAGUCUUCUCAGAAGAAUAAGUGCACUGGCACACCAGCUACCUCGCCCAACUGCAAAGCAAUGGUGGAAGCUCAUGAUCUCAAAGAUGAAGGCAGACUCUCUACAGAAGAAAUGCAUUAUGUGUUUGAUAAGUUUAUUUUGACUUCAGGAAAGCCACCAACUAUAGUAUGCAGCAUCUGCAAACGGGAUGGACAUUCCAAAAAUGACUGCCCAGAGGAUUUCAAGAAAAUUGAUUUAAAACCACUACCACCAAUGACAGACAGAUUUCGGGAAAUACUUGAUAUAGUGUGUAAAAGAUGUUUUGAUGAAUUAUCCCCUCCUUUAUCUGAGCAACAAAACAGAGAACAAAUUCUGGCAAGUUUGGAAAGAUUUAUUCGAAAAGAGUAUAAUGACAAAGCCAGACUUUGCUUGUUUGGCUCUUCAAAGAAUGGAUUCGGAUUUCGGGACAGUGAUCUCGAUAUCUGCAUGACGUUGGAAGGCCAUGAAAAUGCAGAGAAAUUAAACUGUAAAGAAAUAAUAGAAGGUUUGGCAAAAGUUCUUAAGAAGCAUCCAGGUUUGAGAAACAUCUUGCCUAUAACAACAGCCAAAGUGCCUAUAGUAAAAUUUGAACACAGACGAAGUGGCUUAGAAGGAGAUAUCAGUUUAUACAAUACACUGGCACAGCAUAACACAAGAAUGCUGGCUACGUAUGCGGCUAUUGAUCCUAGAGUGCAAUAUCUGGGCUAUACAAUGAAAGUUUUUGCAAAGCGCUGCGAUAUUGGUGAUGCAUCCCGUGGCAGUCUGUCUUCAUAUGCCUAUAUUCUUAUGGUUUUGUACUUUCUACAGCAGAGAAAUCCACCGGUUAUUCCAGUUCUUCAGGAGAUAUUUGAUGGAAAACAGAUUCCACAAAGAAUGGUGGAUGGAUGGAAUGCCUUUUUCUUUGAUGACAUGGAAGAAUUGAAGAAGCGUCUGCCUUCUCUUGGAAAGAACACUGAAUCACUUGGAGAACUCUGGCUAGGGUUGCUGCGAUUCUACACUGAAGAAUUUGACUUCAAGGAAUAUGUGAUCAGCAUCCGGCAGAAGAAGCUGUUAACUACGUUUGAGAAACAGUGGACAUCCAAAUGUAUUGCCAUCGAAGAUCCUUUUGACUUGAAUCAUAAUCUGGGUGCUGGAGUCUCUAGGAAAAUGACCAAUUUCAUAAUGAAGGCAUUUAUCAAUGGGAGAAAAUUAUUUGGUACCCCAUUCUACCCAGCUGUUGGAAGAGAAGCUGAAUACUUUUUUGACUCAAAAGUGCUGACAGAUGGGGAAUUGGCACCCAAUGACAGAUGUUGUCGUGUUUGUGGAAAAAUUGGUCACUACAUGAAAGACUGUCCAAAGAGGAAACAACUGUUACUCAGGUUGAAGAAAAAGGAGAAUGAGAAAGAUGAUGAAAAAGAAGUGAAAGAAGAUGAUAGAGAAACAAGAGAGAAAAGGUGUUUUAUCUGUGGGGAUGUUGGUCACGUUAGAAGAGAUUGUCCUGAAUUCAAACAAACCCGUCAGAGAAAUAAUAGUGUGCCAGGCACCCAGUUGGUCCGAAGCAUGGUAAAUUCACAGCUAGUGGCUGUGAGUCAGCAGCAAGUGGAACGACCCUUGCGCACUAGACAGUCAUCAGAAUGUUCUGAUUCUCAUCAGUCAUCUUACUCUCCACAACCUCAACAAUUUACACAGAAUUCCUCUCAGCCAGCCUCCAUUAACCAGACUCAGCCACAACCAAUAUCCCAGUCUAAGCACGUUCCGCAACCACAGCAGGGUGCACAGCCACCCCAUCAGGUCCAGCUGCCUUUGUUUAACUUUCCCCAAUCUCCCCCAGGUCAGUAUUCCACCUUGCAUAACCUGGGACUACUUCAGAUGCACCAUCACCACCAAAUUCAGCUUCCCAACACUUCUUGGCCUAUUCAUGGGCCCGUUAUUCACUCUGCACCGGGUAACCCUCCUCAUUCUACAAAUAGCAGUGUAAGCUUGAACGAUCCCAGUAUCAUCUUUGCACAGCCUGCUGCCAGGCCCAUGGGAAUCCCCAGCACUUCUCAUGAGGGACACUGGCACAAUCCUGUGACUCCAAACUCACUGGUGAACAAUGGCACUGUGGGGAAUUCAGAUCAGGGUUUCCAAGGACAGUUUGGUAAAAUGAACCCUCCUUCUGUCCCUUGGGACCAUGGGACCCCUACCCAUUUUCCUCUCCUCCGAGGAGCGUGGCCUUACAAUAUGCCUCAGAACUACAUGCAGCAGGGAAAUGCCAGCUAUCCACCGAACAAACCUUUCUACCCUCAAGCUGGUCCACUGAUGCAGAGUAACCAGCGGUUCUCGCUUCUGUCUCAAGGACACCCACACUUGAAUCUGAAUUACAUUCAACAGAAAAAGUGAAAUUUAAUGGGAUUGUGGGUGGGUGGGGGGAGGGGAGGAAAAAAAUUCAGGUUCUGAUUUAAAAUCUUAAUGCAACAUGUUUAGAUACAAGAUUAUUUAAGACUGUUUUUAAACUGUAUCAUUUGUACAUAGAUAUGAACUAUAGUUUUUACUAGUAUCACAAAACUGAGUGAUACAAAUUUCAUCUAUUUUAUUACCCUAUUUUUAAGGGGAAUUGUGUUUUGUUUUAUCUUGAUAAACUGUAAAGAGAGAGAAUUUUUAAAAUUAAGUUCUUUAUUUUCUAUUAGCUGUAUUCAUACUUUGGUUGCUUCAGACUUUAUAUAUAUUGUUCUAAAAAAAUAAAAUUAGAAGGGGAUUUCAAUGUGUUUAAAAAUUUGUCACUUCUAUUCUUUACAGAACUAUGUAGUGCCAAAAAACUUUUUAAAAGAAAAAUAAAACUGAAAAAAAGGA